GUUGCGUUGUGAGUGAUCGGUGAGAUUUAUUUUUGGAUUUUCGUUCGACAUAGGCUAUUUAUUCAGUAUAGCACCGAUCGUCGCGACAUAUCCACGUUCGAUUUAGUUAUUAUUUGAAAUAGAAUAAAUCUUUAGAUUUCAUCUCAAAAUCUCCAAUUUUAGAACUGAAAUGGAUAUACAACACGUAUCUUCCGGAAGCAUGAUGGAGUCUCCAUCAAAAUAUGGACGCGACCAAAAAUAUGUGUAUAAAAAGUCAUCAUACCAAUAUUCAACAAAUACGGAUGGAAAUAUCGCAAAUAGUUUUAGUUCAAAUACGGAACAAAAUGUCAAUCAAUUGGAUGCUUUAUUAGAAGACUUAAAAAACGAACGUGAACAAACCAGAGAAAAGGAUAUUCACACUUCAAGUACGAGCUUUAAAACAAUAGAACCAACAGGAACAGUAACAAAAACAACUCGCAUAAUCAAAUCUCAUCAAUUGCCAAUUGAAGUAGAAAACGUGACUGCAUACAACUCUUAUAACUCAUCCUAUGAACCUUCUUCUACAAACGAAAUUUCAACUUAUAAAUCAAAUAAAUCUGUUUCGAAAAAUAUCAACACAUCGACGAGUGCUUUUGAGACAAGUAAUACUUCUCAUUCUGAAAACAAUGUGCUAGUUCCGGUGCUUUUAGAAAACGAUGCAAAAACAUUACAACUUUCCGAUGAUAUCUUGCCUAUACCCGGAACAAAGGUGACUACAACUGUUCGUACUUACACGUAUGAAAUUCCAGCAGAUCAAGGCACAAUAAACAACAGAACCAUGUUGUAUAAAAAUAAUGUUUACAAUUCUUCUUCGAGGAAUGAACUUAUUUCUGAACCAACUUUGCCACACUCAGUGGUUUAUAGCUCGGAAAGUUACAAUACAUUAAAUGGUACCAACAACGGACCUAAUAACCCUAAUGUUGAUCGUCAGGUGGGAAUCAAUUCCACCAAUCGCAUAUAUGAGAUAAAUGAAACACAAGACUAUCGUACACUCAGAAACGAACAUCUUGUUCCGCAGCCAACUCAGCCGACUACGAAAACUAUUGUUUACAAUAUAAACAAGACGGAACAUAAUACCAAUACUAGCAGUUAUCAAGGAGCUCCUUCCUCUCCAAAUAAUGUUCCUUCACAUACGCUCUUACCACAGCGUCCACAACAAUCACCACAUCACCCUAAUGGCUCGACAAACAACUAUUACUAUCGAGAGUCUACUAACACAGUGAAUACAAUUAGCGGUUCACCUGGAGACAAUUUACAUCCAAACUAUACCGUAGAAUAUACCAGAGAUAACUAUGGUCCUAGAGACAACAAUGUUCCCCAAAAUACUUCAAACAAUGUUACCUAUAAUUAUUCAUCAUCUACUAUAAACUCACGCCGUGGACCAAAUUACGAUUCUCCAACAUCACAACCGCCUCCAUUUCCUGUCGAUGGUAUUGUAUAUCCUGAUACUACUGGUCGUCCACCGGCAAAAUUAAACGAUCUCUUGGAUUCAUUAGGAGAGGAUAACGUUGAUAGUAAACUCGUUGACACCACCCAUCGUCCAAAAAGAGAAAUUGAAACAGCACUUGCAACAACAAACCAGCAAACUAUACCAAGCGUAAAUAAAGCAGGACCUGCUGUAUAUUAUCCACCAGGACAUGAUUGGUUAGCCAAAAAAGAAGAAAGUAUGGCUGCUGGUGGUUAUUCCGCUUCUGGAAAAUAUGCUAAAGCAUCUGGAAUGUACGAAUACGAAUCUGGAUAUAAAUCGAAGAGCUCAAGUAAAUCGGGUGCAGCUGUUGUACCAGUUUGUCUGCCUCUUUGCUGUGCAAUGCCGUGCAGCAUCAUGUAAUUUGGUUGUUAUUCAGAAUUUAAAUAUUGUUAGCUUUUCAUAAGAUUGAUGUUUUUGUUUUUCUCUAAUUUUUUACAUUACAAUUAUUUAAUAUUUGUAUUUUCUAAGUGCUUAUCAACGGUUGCAAGCUUUUAAACAGAGAAAAUUAAGAUUUUGUAAAAAAUACCGUGCAUCAUUGCAUUUCGUUAUGAGUGCAUACAUUUUAGAUUUUAUACUAUAUCAAAUGCCAUGGAUAAUUAAUUAACAAAAAAAAACUUAUAUACUAUACAAACAUAAUGAAUGUGUGCAUAGAUACAUACAUAAAUGCAAAUAUUUACAAUUUAUAUUAAUGUCGUUAUUAUUAACAUGUUGAAUUGAAGUUUUUUUUCAAACGCUGUAUAUGUAAAAUAAAAAAUAUAUAAAUAUACUAGACUGCUAACUUAGGCUAAGAAAG